CCCUCUUUUACCACGAACACCAGAGGAGAAACAAAUCUGAAUGGCGUAGGCUUCCCAUUUUCUAUACUUCUCAAUUAUAAUGUGCUCGGUUUUUGAUUCAAUAGAUGGAAGAAACCAGAAGCCAGAAUUUCUCCCGUUGUUCGUUUCAUCCAAUUUCAUGGUUAAAAAGAAGUUCAAAAAAAAAAAUCUUCUAUUUAUCAUUCAAAAUUUCAAUCAUCAGAUCCAUGAAACCAAGGGUUUUGAAAAUUGGAAUGAGCUACAGGAAUCGGAGAAGGAAACGGAGAGGUUUUAUCUUAGACAAUUGCACCUUGUAUUAGUUCCUAUUUAUUUAAUACAUGUUUCAGGUGCUAAUGGAGACUUCAAGGGUUCUGCAACCAGUGAUGAAGAAAUGGCGCUGUAUAUGACGCUAUGUAUACAUGAAAGAAGAGGAGUUUGUAUGGGGUUGAGCUGUUGUCGGUGAUGGUGCUGUGAAGAAAAUACAAAUGAAAUUGGUGUUCACUGUGGUCAGUCUCGACAGCAACGAGGUGAUGCCUAUGAUAGUUGCUAAUUGGAGGCAGUGGUGAAAUUGAUUAUUGGCAGUGAUUGGUUCUAUUGAAAUGAAUUGUUAUCAAAUGUAUACAGACAGAGUUCGUCCACGACCAUGGUGCAGUCAGCGAAAACACGGAGCUGGUAAAUCUGCAAACGUCAGUGAAGAAGAAAGAUAGGAAAUGGGUUCGAGCAGUCGAUGAAGUUGAGAUACCUAAGAUGGCUGAUUUGAAUGAGUGGAAGAUGGUUGAAGUAGUUCUGUAUGUGGGGUUUCUUGGUUGGAAAUGAAUGGCAGAAUGUCUGAGAUGAUUGCAAGCGGAAGUGGAGAAUGGUCUAUAUAGCUGGUGCUGGUUGUGAAGAUGUGAUUCUAGGCUGAGCAGUGCAGGCAGCGGUUGAUGUUACAGGAAGUGGAGAUGUAUGUUUUUGGAGUAGGAUGGUGUGAACUGGGGUUUAUCAUUGGCUGUGCAAUCAUCCACUGGCGAAGAAGUAUUUCAGGGUGCUCUUUUGUGCUACUCCUUUAGGUGAAUACCACCUCUUUUGAAAUAUUAUUUGCAAUGCUGGCUGGUGAAAAACUUCUUCCAAGCUAUAGAGCUGAAAGGUCUUGAUUGUAUGUUGCGUGGAAGUUAGCAUUUUUUUUUUGACAAUGUUAACUACAAAGACCCACUGUUGUAAGACUUCAUAUGUAUGAAAUGUUAUGUUUAAGAA